GAUAAUGGUCGUGGAAGCGUCUCGGGCGCACUGGACGCUGGGACCUGCGAGCGCACACAACGUAUCCACACGAGCACGAGAGAGGCUGGACCCCGGGCCCACACCUUUCCCGUAACUAACCUCACCAAUAUGUUCAUUGGCAUCACUUCUAGUGGAGACAACGUCAAUUCCCACUACGAUUACUUAAUUUGAACGCUGGAGCUGUCGUGUACUAGGACUUACUACGAUCCCCAACUACAAUGGCGCUAGAUUUUGUAGCUGGAUGUAUCGGAGGCUGUGCUGGGAUUAUAGCCGGUCAUCCGUUGGACACCCUGAAAGUGCACGUGCAAUCAGGCAGAGGAAGCGCGCUGGAAUGCACCAAAAGCCUCUUGAAAGGAGGAACACUCUCCACGGUUUAUCGUGGGGUAUGGGCGCCUUUAGGGGGAGUGUCGGCAGUGAACGCCAUAGUUUUCGGAGCUUAUGGAAACACUAGGAGAGCGCUGCCUGAUCCUGACUCUUUGAAAACGCACGCAACGGCCGGCGCGGCCGCUGGACUCAUGCAGAGCUUAGCCUGCGCGCCUGUUGAGCUAGUGAAAACUCGACAGCAACUUUCAAUACCAGGAGAUGGCCUGCCCGGAGGAGCUUGGGCGGGAGCUCGACACAUCUUACGAACGGGCGGGAUUCGAACUCUAUUCCGCGGACUUACGAUCACGGCCGCCCGUGACUGCCCCGCAUUCGCGAUCUACUUCACGUCGUACGAGAUGAUGACGCGCGACGACCGGUCGGUGAUGACGGUGUUCACGGCGGGCGGAGUCGCGGGGGCUCUGUCAUGGGUGCUGUUGUACCCUGUUGAUGUGGUGAAGUCGCGGCUGCAAGGGGACGUGGUUGGACGGUAUGCGGGCGCGUGGGACUGCUUCAAGCAGUCGGUGCGUUCCGACGGCUGGCGCUGCUUGGGCCGCGGGUUGAGCGCGGUGACGCUGCGAGCUUUCAUCAGCAACGGCGCGUGUUUUACCGCCGUGGCGUGGACGGAGCGGAUGUGGCAGGAGCAGGCGCUGGCUAGCGAGCCUGCCGCGGUUGCCGCUGCGCACUCGCUCUGCGCCUCCACCGUCAUGAGCGAGGCCGUUUGUCAAGAGAGUGCAGACUACUGAUCCUGCUGGACACCAGUUUUGAAUACACCUUACGCGAGUGAUGACCGGAGAAGGUCGAGAUUGUACAGCAUUAUCGUUGUUAUUAGUUACUUUGUACUUUUAUAAUUUAA